GGUGCUGGAGGUUCUGGCGGUGCUGAUGAUGCUAAUGAUGCUUUUACCAGUGCUUGUACUGGGGUAGGUGGUGGCAACGGUAGUGCUGGGGAUGCUUUUAGCAGUGCUUGUGUUGGGGUAGGUGGUGCUGGAUGUUCUGUCGGUGCUAAUGAUGCUGGUGAUGCUUUUAUCAGUGGUGGUGGUGGUGGUGGCGGCGGCGGCGGUGGUGGCGGUGGCGGCGGUGGCGGCGGUGGCGGCAAUAGUAAUGCUGGGGAUGCUUUUAGCAGUGCUUGUGUUAAGGUAGGUGGUCCUAAUGAUGCUGUUGAUGCUUUUGCCAGUGCUUGUGCUGGAGUAGGUGGUUGUGGUGGUAAUGGGAGUGCAUUUGGUACUUUAAACAAUGUCUUUGCUGGCUUAAGUGUUGAUGGUGAUGGUGAUGGUGAUGGUGAUGGUGAUUGUAGUGUUUUUAACAGUGUUUGUGCUGGGGUAGGUGUUGGUGGCGGUGGCGGCAAUGGUAGUGCUGGGGAUGCUUUUAGCAGUGCUUGUGUUGGGGUAGUUGGUGGUAAUGGUAGUGCAGUUAGAGCUUUAAACAGUGUCUGUGCUAGCUUAAGUGGUGAUGGUGAUGGCGAUGGUGAUUGUUGUGCUUUUACCAGUGCUUGUGCUGUGGUAGGUGGUGGUGGUGGUGGUGGUGGUGGUGGCAAUGGUAGUUCUGGGGUUGAUGCUUUUGCUAGUGCUGGGGUAACUGGUGCAGGCGUUGCUGGCGUAGCUGGCGGUGCUGAUGCUGCUGGUGAUGCUUUUACCAGUGCUUGUGCUGGGGUAGAUGGUGGUGGUGGUGGUAGUGCCUUUGGUAGUGCUGCUGGUGGUCGUAGUAUUGGUGGCGGUGGCAAGGGCGAGGGUGAUGGUAGUGGUAGUGCUGGUGUUGGUGGUGGUGGUAGCGGUAGUGAUGGUGGCGCUUUUGAUUGUGAUCUUGUUGGUGGGGCUGGUGAUGCUGGUGAUGCUGGUGAUGCUGGUGCUGUGAUGGCGACACGUGUUGAGGACAUGCCGAAGAGACUGAGACCAGCGACUGAGUCUUGA